UCAGGGUCCCGCCCCUCCUCUUUGAUUGGCUGCUGUUUCCCUCAAGUUCAGACCUGUAAAACUGGAUCAGACUAGAACCAGGACCAGGAGCUCAGGAAUGGCUGGCUGUUCUGGAUGUGGACCGGGUUACCGCAGCCCGCUGGACGCCAUGAAGGGUCCUCGAGAGGAGAUUAUUUACCUGCCCUGCAUCUACCGAAACACUGACACCCUGAAGCCUGACUACCUGGCCACGGUCGACGUGGACCCCAGAUCCUCCACCUACUGCCAGGUGAUCCACCGUCUUCCGAUGCCGAACCUCCGAGACGAGCUGCAUCAUUCCGGCUGGAACGCCUGCAGCAGCUGUUACAAUGAUGCCUCCAAGACCAGAAACCGGCUGAUCCUCCCAUCGCUGAUCUCCUCCCGGAUCUAUGUUAUCGAUGUUGGGACCGACCCCAGAGCUCCCAAAAUCCACAAGAUGGUAGAGCCAGUGGAUCUGUACUGGAAAUGUGGUCUGGCGAACCCUCACACCAGUCACUGUCUGGGCAGCGGUCAGAUCAUGAUCAGCUGCAUGGGAGACCCUUCAGGCAGCGGUAAAGGUGGCUUCAUUUUGCUGGACGGUGAGACGUUUGAGGUGGUCGGUAAUUGGGAGCAUCCAGGUGAAGCGGCGCCUUUCGGCUAUGACUUCUGGUACCAGCCCCGUCACAAUGUCAUGAUCAGUACUGAAUGGGGUGCACCAAAAGCUCUGGUGGACGGAUUUAAUCCUGCUCAUGUCAGAGAUGGUCAUUAUGGGAACUCCCUGCAUGUUUGGGACUGGACCACCCACAGAAAGCUGCAGACUCUGGUACUGGGAGAAGAUGGUGCAAUUCCUCUAGAGGUUCGAUUCCUCCACAACCCAAACGCCACUGAGGGCUAUGUGGGAUGUGCCCUGCGAGGAACAGUCUUCAGAUUCUAUAAGACACAGAAAGCCGACUGGGCUGCAGAGAAGGUCAUCAGCGUUCCCAGUAAGAAGGUGGAGGGAUGGAUGCUACCUGAGAUGCCAAGUCUAAUCACCGACAUCCUGAUCUCCUUGGAUGACCGUUUUCUCUACUUCAGUAACUGGCUGCACGGUGACAUCAGACAGUAUGACAUCACAGACCGCAGGAACCCCAAACUUGUUGGCCAGGUGUUCCUGGGAGGAAGUAUCAUCAGUGAUGGAGCAGUCAGAGUCCUGGAAGACCCGGAGAACCAGGGACAGCCCCCUCCCCGUAUCAUAAAGGGGAAACGGAUACCUGGAGGUCCUCAGAUGCUACAGCUCAGUCUGGAUGGACGGAGGCUCUACGUGACAACAUCUCUGUACAGUGGUUGGGACAAACAGUUUUACCCCGACAUGAUCAGAGAGGGAUCCGUGAUGAUGCAGAUUGAUGUGGACUCCGACCACGGUGGUCUCUCCCUGAACGAGGACUUCCUGGUGGACUUCGGUAAGGAGCCUGAUGGCCCAGUUCUGGCCCACGAGCUACGGUACCCGGGAGGAGACUGCACCUCUGACAUCUGGCUGUAAAGACCUGGAUUCUGACCCGGAUCAGUUCAUUCCAAUUUAACUUUAUUCAUCCCAGACGGACAAUUUGCAGCCUGUCAGUAAAAAAGACAAAAGAAUAAAAACAACAACACACAACACCCAAAGCCGUCCAGGAUGGGUCCGAAACGUCAGCCACAGGUCCGAAAAAACAAGAAGUCAUUAAUCAGCAGAUCAGGGCAUCAAUACAUAGAACUGUAAUCAGCUGUAACAAAUCCAGACAUAAUGACCUUUACAGCGCUUGAGAUCUAGAUCAUCAACAGCUAUUAACAGCCUCGCAAAUCCAGAUCCACAUCGUUCUGAACCAGAUCCGGAUCCAGAUCAACCGAACCCAGAACUGCUUGUUUAACACUGAAAUUUUCUGUCAAUCAAACAUUUCAGAUUCUGCUUCUUCGAUUAUUGAUUAAAGCUGCAGAUUGUAAUAAAAUCAGACAUCAAUAACAGAAAAAGUAAUCUAUCAAUAAAACUGUUUCUAUUGGUUUCUAAUGGUUAUACUAAAGCAAUUGUUGUGUUUUUAUUGCCUUAGACUGAAGCAUGUGUCCAGCUCUGGUCCUUGAGGGUCCUGCAGGUUUUAGAUGUUUCCUAAUCCAGAACAGCUGAACAGGUUACAGCUGCUGGAUCCAUUUCAUCUGAACCAGGUGUGGAGCAGGGAAACAACUAAAACCUGCCAGAUAGCGACACCCUGCUUCUACAGGUACUCACCGUGGGUCCACAUACAUAGCAGCUGCCACCAUUUUUACUACGGUGUCUCUGAAUGGUCCAACAACCCUAAGCCUUUAAAGCUGCAGUAGCAGAUUGGUUCAGCAGGAGCUGGAGCUCCGUUUGGAUCAGUAACGCCUAAAAAAAGCACCACAGAAGAAGAAAGACACUUGUAAGCUGUGUCCCAAUUCAGGGUAUACGCUCUUCAACAUGCACAGACUAUGGAGUGGUCUACGUGCACUCUGAAAUGCACUUACCGGUUGUGAAAUGGGACAGCCUACCCAACCGAUGAGAAUUUCCCAUAGUGCUCCAGUCCCCCGUUGCUUAACAGCUGCAGAUGUGACAGCUAUACAAUCAGAGUAUUCCAGUUCUUCCUGCUAAUACCUCGUACACUCAUAAAAACAAAAUACAGCUGAAAAUUUAAAUUUUCUUUCUUUUUAUUUAUUUCCACCCACUAACUGUAAAGUUUUUUAAUGCAAGGCAUUGCAGCCACAGAGCUCUGGGUAAACAUGACUUUAGUUUUCUUUGCAUUAAGGACUAAUUUAGCAAGAGGGAGCAGAGGAAUACAAAACGGUAUCAUCGGCAUACAUACGAUGCAGAGAGAAUUUUAACUGAUCAGAUAUUAUUAAUGUAAAUCAAAACAAGUAAAGGCCCUAAAAUAGAUCCUUGUGGGACCCCCUUAUUCAGUGUGACUGCAUCAGACGGAGCAGAACCAAACUGAACAAACUGAAUGCGUUCUGUUAAGUAAGUUUUAAACCAGCUAACCAAGUUGGGACUAAACCCCAUUUUUUGCAUGACAUUAAUUAGAUGACAAUGGUCCACUGUAUUGAAAGCCUUAGGUCGAUAAAUAAGGCUAAACAAGCGUUUUUAUUUUCAAGGGCUGUUGUUACAUCAUCUAAGACUUUGAAUGUGGCAGUGAUAGUACAGAGUACUAUUGAAAUUGGUCUAUAGUUAUUCAUGUCUGUGGAAUCACCAGAUUUCAGUAAGGAAGUGACAAAAGCUUGUUUCCAUAAAACCGUGAAUGUUUGUGAAGCAAGUGACAAAUUGAAAAAAUCAGCAAAACAUUUGGCGUUAACAGUGUAAAACUAAAACCAGGAUUUGAGAAGGUCUGGAUCAGAUCGAUUUGUUGAUGACCCAUCAAUAUCUUAAAAAUGGUCAAAGAUAUGUCCCGCAUUUCUGAAAUGAACAUUAAAUAAAUGUGACAUGUCCUUUUCAUCAACAAUAAAAGACUGAAAGCUU